GCCAAGGAGGCAGGGUACAUUGAGACUCUCACCAAGAUGCUGCCCAGGGCAGAGGAGAUCGACUCUAAGCCCAUUGAGACCGCAAGCCAAGCCCUCUCCUCUCCUCUCAUCCCCUUCCCCCCUCUCCUUGAACACACGUGCAUGCACUGCUGGCAGGCCAAGGAGGCAGGGUACAUUGAGACUCUGGCAAAGAUGCUGCCCAGGGCAGAGGAGAUCGACUCCAAGCCCGUCAGAUGA